ACUAGUAGUAUAUCAUCAAACUUCCAGUUGAGACACUACUCAACUACAUCAACUCCAAUCACACAGAAAUUAAAACCACAGAUUUCAUCUCCCUCCCUUGAAUUUUCAUUCCUUAGGGAAUUCUGUGAAGAAAAUUAGUUGUGUGAGCGGAUUUCGAGUUCACAAUUUAGGCGGAAUUCUUCAUGUAUUACUGAAGUGUAUGUUUGUGGGGGAAUAUCUUGAAUUGCGGGGUUUUGAAAUUGUGCUGCAGUGCGUAGGAUAACUGGAAAAGAGUUUGGAAGGUGCUUCAAUUGACGUUUUUAUAGGGCGAAAAACUAUAAAACGCAAGAUAUGGGGUGUUCAUUAUCAACAUUAGAGGAUGUCGAUCAGAAUAGAAGGAUCCCUAAAAAUGUUGGGGAGCUAGCUGUUUUCGUUCCUGGAUUGCGAAUUCCGAAACCUGUCAAUUUUUCUCAGUCACUUGGUGAUAACUUGUCGAAAAGCUUAAUAGAGCGACUCUCUGGCCUUAGGACUCGAGUAGUUGUCCUGGCCAGUCAAGAAGCACAAACAGCUGUUAAACCAAAGAGGAAAGCGGCUACACAACACGGAGGUUCAAUGUUGUCUGAUCUCCAGCAGUCGCUUGAAGAUUACCUACCAGUUCUUUUGGGUUUAGUUAAAGAGGGAAGCAAGCUACAAAACAGUGUAAAAUUUGUUUGGGUUAAUCAAGAAGAUGACACUGAAGAAACUGCAAUAUCAAAUGCUUGGUAUGAGGUGUUGUCAGUUUUACACUUGAUGGCUAUGGUAUCUUUCUCACAGGCCAAUUUAUCACUUCUUCCUAAAACAUCUUCUGAUGGCUAUCAGCAAACAGAUGAAAGCAAACGAAAUUCAGUGGAUGUUUUCCUGAAAGGAGCAGGAUAUUUGGAUUUUGCUCUUAACCAUGUCCUUCCUCAGUUACCGGCUGAACUCAGGAAAGAUCUUCCCGUAGACUUAGCAGAAGGAGUGCUCCAAGCACUUUGUCAACAAGCAUUAGGCCAGAGUGUUGAUAUCCAACUUGGAAUGGCAAUUGAUUGUACUAAGGCCACCCUUGCAGUCAAACAGAGGCUUGCAUGUGAAAUGGUUAAAUACUGGCAUCAGGUAUUUAUAAUGCACUAUUCAAAACAACUGACGGCAUCCAGAGAAUUUGCUCAUGACAACAUUGUGAAACUUCCUUUAACAAGUGGGUGGGGUGAAAAACAUCAGCUUUAUGUGAAGUGGAAAUAUGACGAAGCGCAGGCUGCAGCAUACUAUUACCACGGCUUAAUUCUUGAUGAGGGAAACACAGAAAAAUCUCAUUUGAUGGAUGUAUCAAGUCUUCGAGCUGCAGAGGAGUUUCAUAAAGAAAAGAAAAAGGAGUGUGAAGCCUUCCAUACAACUCCUCCUAUAUCAAAAAACCCACCUAUUUGGGGAACUAUGAAGUACCUUUCAGAGAAGAUUGCAAAAGACGCUUCUAGCAAAGGCCAGAUUAACCAAGAUCUCUACAGCCAUGAAAGGGUAAUCGAGACUGCUCCAGUGUUGCCAGAUCUCUCCGUGGCAUUGAAACCAGAUGAAUAUCAGCUUCCACCAAAUGACCCAUUAUGGAAUUAAGAAUUCUUUCGGGAAUCUGGUUUCGUACUUUGAAUAACCUGAAUUGAAGAGAACAUAAAGUUUGUGCAGAAAAUAUUGAAGCAAAACAAGUCGGAACCUACCAUACAAAUGUUAGCAGUAUCUACAUGAAGUUAUGAACAUUCUACCUGGUGUUUGUUCCCUUCUUCUUUCCUUUGCUUAUGUAUUUUCCCAUUCUACUGGGAUAGUGAGAUGCAUAGUUUUUUAGCGGGAUAUGAUAAAGCCUCUUUGUACAAGUACACAAUAGUUGUUUAAGUUUAUUCAAAGAUAGGCCUAAUUUCCAUAGUAGAUUAACAAUGAAACUGUUUGA